AUGUGGCGACUCUCCAUAUCAGUUGUCUUCCUCCCAUGCCUCGCUGCUUCUCUCCUCACCGCUCUUUCUACGGUAUAUAGCUAUUCGGAGGCGACAUGUUCAGGGAUAGUUCCCUUAAGGUACCGGAACGAUAAGAUCUCUAUAACUGAUUUUGGAGGGGUCGGUGACGGAAGGACGGUGAACACUAAGGCCUUUAGGGCAGCUAUAUAUCGGAUUCAGCAUCUGAGGAGGAGAGGAGGCACGGUUCUGUACAUACCACCGGGAGUGUUUCUAACGGAGAGCUUCAGUCUCACUAGCCAUAUGACUCUUUUCUUGGCUAGAGGCGCUGAUACAUGGAACUGGCCAUUGAUUGAUCCUUUGCCUUCUUAUGGAAGAGGGAGGGAGUUACCAGGCGCACGGUAUAUGAGCUUUAUUCAUGGCGAUGGCCUUCGUGAUGUAGUCAUCACUGGACUAAACGGGACAAUAGACGGUCAAGGAGAAGUAUGGUGGAACAUGUGGCGCAGUAGAACACUAAGGUUCACUAGACCGAAUCUAAUCGAGUUCAAGAACUCUAAGGAGAUCAUAAUCUCCAAUGUUAUUUUCCAGAAUUCACCUUUCUGGAACAUUCACCCUGUCUAUUGCAGCAAUGUUGUGAUCCAUCACGUUACCAUCUUAGCUCCACAAGAUUCUCCCAACACCGAUGGAAUCGAUCCAGAUUCCAGCAACAACGUCUGCAUAGAAGAUUCCCACAUCUCAACAGGGGACGACCUUGUAGCCAUCAAAAGCGGUUGGGACGAGUACGGAAUCACUUUUGGCCGUCCAAGCUCAAACAUUACGAUCCGCCGCAUCACAGGAUCUUCUCCGUACGCAGGUAUCGCAAUAGGAAGCGAAACCUCAGGAGGAAUCAAGAACAUCGUAGCAGAACACAUCAGUCUCUCUAAUGUGGGCGUUGGAGUAAACAUCAAGACAAACAUUGGUCGCGGAGGUUACAUCAAAAACAUCAAAAUAUCUAACGUUUAUGUCGAAAACGCAAAGUACGGGAUCAAGAUCGCUGGCGACACGGGAGAUCACCCUGACGCGUAUUAUAACCCGAACGCUCUUCCAAUCGUUAAAGGAAUUCAUAUUAAUAACGUUUGGGGGGUUAACGUUCAAAACGCUGGCUCCAUUCAAGGCCUUAAGGGGUCACCUUUUACAGACCGUAUUGACUAUUGA